GACACGCCACAGAGGUGCUAUAUAAAAACAGUGGGACUCAGAGCACUUAGCUCCAAUUGCUCUAUGUUUAGAAUUGCUUCUUUUUCAAGAUGGAUUUCCUUCAUAGGAAUGGAGUUCUUGUUAUUCAGCAUUUGCAGAGGGAUUACCGGGCUUACUAUGAUUUUCUAAACUUUAUGUCCAAUGUUGGAGACCCCCGGAAUAUUUUUUCUAUUUAUUUUCCACUUUGGUUUCAGCUUAAUCAGACAGUUGGAACUAAAAUGAUAUGGGUAGCAGUCAUUGGGGAUUGGUUCAAUCUUAUAUUUAAAUGGAUAUUGUUUGGUCAUCGGCCUUACUGGUGGGUCCAAGAAACUCAGAUUUAUCCAAAUCACUCAAGUCCAUGCCUUGAACAGUUUCCCACUACAUGUGAAACAGGACCAGGAAGUCCAUCUGGCCACGCAAUGGGCUCAUCGUGUGUCUGGUAUGUCAUGGUAACGGCUGCCCUGAGCUACACUGUCAGUCGGCUGGAUAAGUCGUCUAUCACUCUGCACAGACUGACCUGGUCAUUUCUUUGGAGUCUUUUUUGGUUGAUUCAAAUCAGUGUCUGCAUCUCCAGAGUAUUCAUAGCAACACACUUUCCUCAUCAAGUUAUUCUUGGAGUAAUUGGUGGCAUGCUUGUGGCAGAGGCCUUUGAACACACUCCAGGUAUCCAAACAGCCAGCCUGAGCACAUACCUGAAGACCAACCUUUUCCUCUUCCUGUUUGCACUUGGCUUUUACCUACUUCUCAGCCUGCUUGACAUUGACCUGCUAUGGUCUGUUCCCAUAGCCAAAAAGUGGUGUGCCAACCCUGACUGGAUCCACAUCGACACCACACCUUUUGCUGGACUCGUGAGAAACCUUGGGGUCCUUUUUGGCUUGGGCUUUGCAAUCAACUCUGAGAUGUUCCUUAUGAGCUGCCAAGGGGAAAAUGGCUACAAGCUGAGCUUCCGGAUGCUCUGUGCGAUUACCUCAUUGACCACACUACAGCUCUACCGUUUCAUCAAGAUCCCCACUCACACAGAACAUUUAUUUUAUGUGCUGUCUUUCUGUAAAAGUGCAUCCAUUCCACUGACUGUGGUUGCUUUCAUUCCCUACUGCAUUCACAUGUUAAUGAAACCAAGUGAAAAGAAGAUUAAUUAGAGUUGUGUAGAAUUAGUGCUCUUCCGUCCCAUGAUAACCCUGUUUUUCCAUCCACCA